AUGAAGGUGUGUUGCUCGAGCACAGGGGUGCUAACACACAGUAUGGGUAGUCCGAGCUUGGUAGUGGAGAUGGUUAACAAGUUAACGGUUGGCCUGAAUAUAUCGGCCACCUCUCAGUAUCACAGCAUAGCCAUGAAUCUCACAGCUCAUUAUAAAUCUCGAAGAAAAAGGUGUUGGGCCACUCUCAACAAAGUCUACUUCAGCGACAUGUUGACCGGAACAGCUUCAACAGCCGCAAUACUUCUCUUGUUUUUAACUCUAGUUGGGACGGUGGCUUCUGUCCUCCAAGCUUACAAAAGCUUCAAUCCGACCCGGCCCUGA